UGAGAACCGAAACUGCGCGAGAAAUAGAAGCCGACGGCGGAAACAAGGCUGAGGCUUGGCAACGAGGCUGAGGAUUCAAAUUCUUCCAUUGGCUGAGUGACAUCACCACGCGAAUGUGUUCCGCUCACUGCCUGCGACUGAGCACCGUUUUCCCUGGUGGUUCUCAACCGGUCUCAUGGAUAACCUGUUGCAGUGACAAUGGCGGCAGAAGGGCAGUCCAGGAUGUGCUGUUCGCUUUGGGACGCGGUCUGGCUCUAUCCCCUGAAGGGCAUCUUCUAUUUCCUCCUGCAUCCCUAUUUCUACCCGCUAUUCAAGGCGCGCCUGAUCCCCAUCGUUCUCCUGUCCGCCUUCAUCUACGCCAACCUAUUCCUCUGGACCUUCCUCCCACAAGCUGCGUUCCUCGCCAUCUUCCAUGGACCAGGAGCAUGGGUGAAUGCAACAUUUCUCGUGUUGGGCGAAGGCGCCGCGAUCGUUGCCCUUCUUUUCGAGGCGUUCUUUGUCGACGAGACUCUCGUGGAUACCUUUGAUGCUGUCCUUAUCGACCAAGGGCUGGAGGAUCUUGUCAGUGAGGGUCGUACACUCCAUCCAAUCGCUCACAACUCUGUGCAAAUGCUCGGAAAACCUACGUCGGCCGCCAUUUAUGCUCCAUUCAGUUUCCGUCAAAUCGCCGAAUUCGUUAUUCUUCUCCCGGUCAAUCUCAUACCCUUUGUUGGCGUCCCCAUCUUCCUCGUCUUGACUGGAUAUCGAGCCGGGCCCUUUCAUCACUGGAGGUACUUCAAGCUACGGGGCUUCUCUAAGAAAGAAAGACAAGAAUACGUCCGGAACCGGCAGCUCAAAUACACAUGGUUCGGUGUGGUUGCAUUGGCGUUGCAACUUGUCCCCGUGCUCAGCAUGUUCUUUUUGCUUACCUCUGCAGCCGGGAGUGCGUUGUGGGUAGCAAAAAUGGAGAAGGCACGUCGAUCCAGGGAAGCCGCCACCACAUCAAGUUCCGAGCCAUAUCAAGAUCAUAUAGCAUGACUGUUGGCACCGAGCACUCUUACUAUAUGGAGCCUGCGGCAUGCUGCUCAACGACGUCCGCAACCUCUUCCAGACUUCUCACUACUACUGUAGGGCCCUGACCAAGUCUGUCCUGCCAUCCGUUCCCUGGCCGAUCAACCCAUGCAGCUUGCAUCCCAACAGAUCGAGCACCCACCACAUCAAAGGGGUUUCCUGAAACCAGCCACAACUUAUCUUCUUCACCCACUUUGUUGACCUGCUGCGCCAGGUAGUUAUAGACCUCGGGGGCGGGCUUGAAUACUCGGACAGCAUCGACAGUUACAAGGUCCUUGAAGACGGAAGAAUUGAGAUCAUGAGACUUGUUGACGGAGUUGGAGACCAUGGCCUUGGUCCCAUUUGAGAAGACGACGCAUUUGAUGUUUGGGUUGUUCUCCAAGCGUUUCAGUGCUGGGUUGACAUCUGGAAAGGUCGAGAGAGAGUCGUAUGCUUCCAUGAGCUUAUCACUCUGAGCAGUGGUGAGACUCAACCCGUGCUCAGCAAGCGCAUGCAGGAGAGAUUUCCGGGUCACGUCCGAAAAGUCCUGAUAUUGUUCUUGAACAGAUCAGCAUCAAGAUUUCAAAUACCACAUUGCCGCAAGACCUACUCAUGCUGUUCAGCCUCCACGUGUAUUCCAGUUGAUACUUUCUCCAUACCGCCGCAAUCGAGGCUGCUUUCUCCUGGCCAAAGUGUGAAGCCAAUUCUUUGGCGAUGCUCUCGGUCGACAGGAGCGUGCCGUAGAGAUCGAACGCUACUACAACCUCGC